CCCAUUCUUAUAUGAAGUCAGCGACGUAAACAUUUUUAUCACCUGGACAUGAAAACAAAACGUGAACACCGCACAGCUGAAGUGGAUAUCCAACAUCAUGAAGAGCAGAAAUUCUCUUUCGGGCUUUCUUUUCAUAAUUUCUUUACAAUCUUCAAUGAUUCCAGUGGCAAAAUUCUCGCCGGAUGAAGUUUCUUCAACUGAUUUUAGUGCACCUCCUGGUCACUUAGAGCCGCUCGGAUCUCAAAAUGUGAAACAUUCUCUUGAAGUUAUCAACGACUUCUUAACUCCUAUUGAGUUUUUCAAAAACUACGUAUACCCCAUCAAACCUGUCUUGAUACGAGGGGGAGCAAAAAUCUCGCCGGCUUUGACUAAAUGGACGGACGAAUAUUUCCUCUCUUUACCAGAAUCAAACGACUUUAAUGUUACUGCAGAACAAAGAAAAAAAGAGAUUCGAACAUUCCCUGCCUACGAUGUGAGCUUUAAGGAGUUUGUGUCAACGUACAGAAAAGAGGAUAUUUACAUGGUGAAUGGUGUUCCUCCUUUCUUGCAGAAAGAUGUUAUGUUACCUCCCCCACUCUUAUGUAAUGAUAUUGUGAAGGACAAGUUAAUUGACACGGUGAUGUGGUUCAGUAGUGGUGGCACAAAGUCAGUCUUACAUAAUGACGAUGUUGACAACAUCAACUGUUUGUUCAGUGGAACCAAGGAGCUUUUAUUCAUAGACUACAAAAAGUACAAAAAACAGGUUCCAAUAGAUUUCCCCUCUGGUGGCUAUUCUGGUGUAGAUGUUGAUCGGGUUGAUUUUGUUAAGUACCCCAGUCUAGAAAAUGUAGAGUACUUUAAUGUGACAAUGGAACCCGGUGAUUGUUUGUUCAUUCCUUACAAAUGGUAUCACCAGGUACGCUCAUAUGAUCGUAACAUAGCUGUGAAUGUUUGGUGGAAACAUUUACCUGACUUUGUUCCACAAGAUUGUGAUAUGGAACCCAACCAGACAUUAGACAAUUUCAGGUUCUCAAGUCUUGAAGAAGAUGCAAGUAACAGUCAAGAACAAGAAGGUUUCAUGGGACACAUUAGUGUGCUGGUUGCCAAUGGUCAAGUUGGUUUUAGGGAGUUUGAAGACAAAUUGAAAACAGUACGUUCUAGGUUUUUACUCUGACUUGCG